AUGAGAGCAAAUUUUUUGUAUUUAAUAGCCUGCAGUACGUUUCUUAAUCAAACUACUUACUCAGUUGGUUAUUCUCCAGAAUCAGUAGCAGUUGCCGAUGUGAAUAGUGAUAACAAACCCGAUAUUGUUGUUGCAAACGUGAAUGCAGACAGCGUUAGUGUUCUUCGUAACGCGGGCAAUGGUACCUUUAAAGCUCAAACUACUUACUCAGUUGGUAGUCGACCAAAUUCAGUAGCAGUCGGCGAUGUGAAUAGCGAUAAUAAACCCGAUAUCGUUACUGCAAACUAUGGUUCGAACACCGUCAGUGUUCUUCUCAACGCAGGCAAUGGUACUUUUAAUGCACAAACUACUUACGCAGUUGGCACUUAUCCACUAUUCGUAACAGUCGCCGAUGUUAAUAGCGACAAUAAAUCCGAUAUCAUUGUUGCAAACUGGGCUUCAGCCAACGUUGGUGUUCUUCUCAACGCAGGCAACGGUACCUUUAAUGCUCAAGCUACUUACACAACUGGUGGUUAUGUAUAUGCAGUAGCAGUCGUCGAUGUGAAUAGCGACAAUAAACCCGAUAUGGUUACUGCAAACUCUGGUUCGAACACUGUCGGUGUUUUUCUCAACACAGGCAACGGCACCUUUAAUGCACAAGCUACUUACACAGUUGGUAGUGAACCACGGUCAGUAGCAGUCGUCGAUGUGAAUAGCGACAAUAAACCCGAUAUUAUUGUUGCAAACACUUAUGCAAACAAUGUUAGUGUUCUUCUCAACGCAGGCAAUGGCACCUUUAAUGCUCAAACUACUUAUGCAGUUGGUAUUUAUCCAUUGUCAAUAACAGUCGUCGAUGUGAAUAGCGAUAAUAAACCUGAUAUUGUUGUUGUAAACAUGGUUUCGAGUACCGUCGGUGUUCUUCUCAAUACAGGCAACGGCAUCUUCAAUGCUCAAACGACUUACUCAGUUGGCAGCAGUCCAUGGUCAGUAGCAGUCGUCGAUGUGAAUAGCGACAAUAAACCUGAUAUUAUUGUUGCCAACUAUGAUUCGAACAGUACCAGUGUUCUCUUCCAUUGUUAA